AUGUCUUCUCCGUCGUACGAUUACUACAUAACAGCUGUUCGAGACCUCGUCCAGGCAUCGGAUAUCCAGAACGCAAUUUUGAAACUCACUAGACCUACUCUCACUGCAAUUUCUCGUAUUACUUCGGGAGACUCUGGUGAUCAAGAAGUCGAAGAUACUCUGUACAACUUGUGGUCUGCUUUCAUUGCCGAAGCUGAAAGCACUUCCGAUGAAUCUGUUCAUGCCAAACUCAUCAAAGGGUUAGAGGCUAUCAAAUCUCUUCCCCCCGCGAUCAUACCAAAGAAGGGGAACGAAUCAGAGCAGGAACAGUAUUCGAACUGGGGCGGGUUUGUGUGGAACGAUCUGCCAAUACUUGGUGCCAACAUGAGGGAAAAGUGGAACUAUCAAGAUAAUGGUGACGAGGAAGCACGCGCACAAUGGGUCAACCUCAAUGCCUUUGUUGCGCGGAUCGCUGUUGCGCAUAUCGCAGGUUUCGAACUCUACGCAAUCUGGAGCUUGCGGGAUGCAUUCGAAGGAACAGAAUUUGCCGAGAGAGGCGCCCCGCUGAAUGGUCUCGUCCCUGCUGCUGCACAAUGGAUAUUAAUCGCUGGUCGACUCAUGUAUCACAGUCAGAGGGUGUGGAUAGUCCCGACUAAUCAGGGAGACCCCGCAAGGGGCGGCAGUCUGAUUCCGGUUAUCAAGAAGGGAUUUAGUAAGGAAAGGUGGGCAUUCUGGAGGAAAGGUUUCGAGAUUGUUAGCCAAUACUUGGGAGAACAGAUUGGGAAAGGGACGAGAGCAGUAGCGAUGGAGGCAUGGGAUAAAAUGAACGAGAUCGAACGAAGUGGAUCAGCCUGA